AUGAUCCCCUCGGACAGGUUUGACAAGUCGGAGGAGCGGCAUGAAAGCGGAGAUUUGGGCGUGGAGCAUGAGCCAGAGCUGCUGAACUCUGUGCGCACGGAUCAAGGAGAUCGAGUGCCACCGUCCGGGCUCAAUCAGCUGGUGCAGUCCGGCGAUCCCGGCUGGCCGGGCAGCAGUGGUGCACCGAGCGGAUAUAGCAGCGCCUCCCUCAAGGACUAUGCCACCAGUGUGGUUCCCCAGCACACCGUGGUCUUCAAGCGCGGCUCCGCGCUGUCCGUGCCGGAGCCCGGCGCCGGCGACGCUGCUGCGCGGGCGCGCUUGCAGACGACACCGCGGCGGAAGGGGAAGCCCAUGCAAGCGAUGGACCUCAAGGUCGCCUGGCAGCUCCAAGCCAGAGAGGCCUUGACCGACCCCAAUGCAGAGAUGGAUCCUAUGAUGCGCUUGGUCACUCGCACGCGGGCGGAUUGGAUCCGCGAGCUAUUGGAAGAUCCCAACUCCUCCAACUUGGCCUUUGCCAUCUCGUGGGUGUUUCAGCUCUUCGUGCUGCUGAGCAUCUCCUUGGACUACACCGAGCUCAUCGACCCUGGACGUUUGGAUGCACUGUCCAUGAUCAUCCUCAACGUGAUUUUUGAUGCCUUCUUCUUCGGUGAAGUGAUGCUUCGACUGUUGGCUUAG